AUUCCCCAUCCUUAAAUCCUGGUGUUGCUCAUGGCUUGUCCCAUCCAAUUUGGGAUUUCUGGGGCAGCUCCAGCCCUGUGAUCUCAGCUAGGUUUGUUUUGAGGUUUGUUUUUCCCUCACCUCGUGCCUGUGUUUACAGCUCCUGACUCACAAAUCCUGUUCCCCUUUAAUCCCAGCCUUGGAAUUCCCACUGGGAGCUGCAGCUCUGUUCCCAGGAGGAGAUUGUCACAAAGUGUUUGUGUGCAUGUGGAAAAAUAGGAAAACUUCUCUCCUUACUCCUGUGCCAGCUUUUCCAGGGAUUUAUUUCACUCUGUGGUGUGUGGGGGGUGCAGAGCUGGACCUGCAGCUGCUCCAGCUGCCUUUGGAACAUGUGAGAAUUUAUUCCAAUCCUUUUUUUUUUUUUUUUUUUUUCAUGGAAAGAGUCAAAAAUCUGAGUCAGCAAGAGAAAUGUUGAAUGUGAAGAACUCUGAAGUGUGGUGGGUGGAGAAGCUUCACUUUCGAGGAAAAACCUCUCAUUCAAGUGGUUUGGGGUUAAAUAAACACAAUUCCUUCCUGACUUUCAGAUGUGGAAUUAUGGCUUGGAUUUGUAAGGGAAUUAUCUGUGGAUACCUAAAGAGAAAAGGGGAAUAUCAAAUGCAGCAUCAAAGGUGCUUUUGUGCUGAGAAUUCCUGAAUUUAGAUGUAACAAAGCUGCUUUGUCAGCUGGCUGAGGUGUUUGGAAUCCCUUCUCUUUUCCAAGCAGGAAAUCUCCUGGCCCAGCACAGGAAAAGCCAAAGCAUUUGACAAAAAGCUGCUGAUUUAUCUCCUGCAUUGUCACACAGGAUUCCUUAAUCUGAUUUUUAUUUUUUGUAAUUCCCUGGAUCUGCGGUGGGAGUGAUUUCCUGGGAGAACCCAGCAGCUCUUCCUCCUUUGGAACUGAGGAGAAAUUCAACGUUUUUUGAAAAUCACACUUCACAGAGCCCACGAGCAACCAGCUGUUUGAUGAAUCCCUAAAAAAUUCUGUCUUUCAGGCCUGUUUUUUGUUCCAAAGUACAAAUGUGGUGUGCUGGGGAGGCUGAAGGGUUAAAUUCCCCACACUGUCGCAUAUGGCAGUGAGCAGAAUCACAGAUGUUGAUGAUACAACAUAAUUAGUAUUCUUUUAUGUAAAUGAAGGCUGUCAAUGUUACCACAGUGUCUGCACUCCUGCAAGCUGGAAUUUCUGUCACUUGCUCUCACUUGAGGUUGAGGAUUCUGAAUAAAAUUCCAUGAUUUUUAUAUCCACACCUGAGGAGGAAAAUUAAGAGGAAAGAGGGGGAAAAAGGUGAGGAAGGGAUUUUUCCAACUUGGAAAAAAAGAGACCAAACCAAUCCUUUGUUUAGGUGAGGAUUUCCAAAAUCCUUUCCACAUCUUGGGAUUUGAGAGAGGAAUGAGCCCAGGCCAAGGGAAAUGUGGGAAUUUCUGAGCUGGUUUAAAUAAAAACCUCCGUGGUUCUUUGGGUGCUGAAGUGGCCACUUGAGCUUUCAGUGGAGUCCAGGAGAAAAAACUGAAGAGCUUUGAUUUUUCCUCUAAGAGAUUCCAUCCUCCACAGCAAUAGCACUGAUAACGGUGGUAAUUAAAGCAAAUUUGUGUCAUUUGGGGCCACUAAAAAUGCAUUUCCUUCACCUGGCCAGCUCCCUGCCCGCCCAUGCAGGUGAGGCCUCAAUCCCUGCCUCAGAGCUUUGGCAAGUGUUCAACUUUGCACCUCAUAAAAUGAUGUUUUAACCCCAUAUUCUGUGUGCCAGACCCCCGUGUAACUAACUUCAUUCAGAUCCAUUUUUCCAUUCUCUUCCACCUCUGUUUUUCCCCCAUUUUUCCCAUUUUCCUCUCCUUUUGGUUAUUUUGUUGCACUUUGCACCUGCCAACUCCUCAUUGCUUCCUUUUUAUUGUUUGAAAAAGCACCUAGAACUGAAAUUUAACUGAGCACAGCUUUUCUUUUUUUAAUCUUUCCCCCUUCUCCUCCCCCUGUCUCUCACCAGGCAAUCAAAGCAGCCAAAAAUCCAAGUGAUCACAGGAGGGCCACAUUUUUUCCUCCUGUUUGUUUUUUUUUUUUUGACUCCCAUUUUUCCCCUCUGCCAUAUGUUGGGUCAUCCACUACAAAAGCCUCAACCAUGAAGAGGCUCCAUGUGAUCAGCAGAUUUUUACAGCCUGCUCAAAUAAAAAGAAAUGAAAGCAGAGAAUGAAAUGGAAUGGAAUUUUGUGUGUGACGUGUCUCAACAUCUGAGAAUUCAGGAUCCUGGGGGUAAUUCCAGAGAAUUAUUUCUGGGAUGAAUGAGUUCUGCACUGAGGAGUUAAUGCUGCACCUGCCAGCGUUCCAGGCUUGGUUUCUGUGCAUCACCAGGAUAUUUUCCCCUCUCUCUCCAGGGCUUUGAAGCUGCCUGGCAGUGAGGACUUCCCAGUAAUUAAAUUCUCCGGGAUCCGUGGGAGGAUGAUGGGGCUGCUGCACGCCCGCGACACGGCGUGGCCGAGGAGAGGAUGUGUGAGCUGCACCCCGUUGGAGCAGCGACUCCUCCUGUGAGACAUGGAUCGAUGCAAACAUGUGGGGCGGCUACGACUCGCCCAGGACCACUCGAUCCUGAACCCCCAGAAGUGGCAGUGCGUGGACUGCCACACCACCGAGUCGCUCUGGGCCUGCCUCAAGUGCUCCCACGUGGCCUGCGGGCGCUACAUCGAGGAGCACGCCCUGAGGCACUUCCAGGAGACCCGGCACCCCUUGGCCAUGGAAGUGCACGAGCUCUACGUCUUCUGUUACCUCUGCCAGGAUUACGUCCUCAACGACAACCCCGAGGGCGACCUGAAGCUGCUGAGGAGCUCCCUGUCGGCCAUCAAGGGGCAGAGGAGCGGGAGGACGCUGCGCUCCAUGGCGCUGGCCGAGGACGCCUGGAGGAGGAGGAGCCCCCAGGGCCAGUCCCAGAUGCUCACGGCGCUGUGGCACCGGCGCCAGGCCCUGCUGGCGAGGGCUCUGCGCACCUGGUUCCACAAGAGCUCCCGGGGACAGCUGAAACUGAAGGAGAAAAAACAGAUGGAGGAGCUGGAGAAGAAGAAGGAGGCGGCUCGGCAGCGGCGGCAGGAGAUGAAGAGGCAGCUCCUGGAGGAGUUGGCCAGCACUCCGCCGAGGAAGAGUGCCAGGCUGCUGUCCCACGUGCACAGGGAGAGCUUGAUCCCAAGGAAAUUCAGGGAGGUGGCCACAGCUUCCCCUACCUCAAGGCAGGUGCAGAGCAGCAGAUUGAAGCAGUUCUACUCCAUCCGGCGGCAGCCCCUGAUGACGCCCGGGGUGACGGGGCUGAGGAACCUGGGCAACACUUGUUACAUGAACUCCAUCCUGCAGGUGCUCAGCCACCUCCAGAAGUUCCGAGAAUGUUUCUUGACUCUUGAUCUCUGUGAAACUGAAGAACUUUUAGCUAAAACUGUGAACGGGAGAGCCAGGAUGCCUGGCAAGCUGGCAAACGGGGCUGCUGCUAACGAGCCAGGGAAGCCUGACAAGGUGGGCUCGUCCGGCACGCAGAGCUCUCCGGCCGGCUUGAACGGGGGCUCCUCCAUCAGCCGCAGCUUGGAGCUCAUCCAGCCCAAGGAGCCCAGCUCGAAGCACAUCUCCCUGUGCCACGAGCUGCACACCCUGUUCAGGGUGAUGUGGUCUGGCAAGUGGGCCCUGGUGUCCCCGUUUGCCAUGCUGCACUCCGUGUGGAGCCUGAUCCCGGCGUUCCGCGGCUACGACCAGCAGGACGCGCAGGAGUUCCUCUGCGAGCUCCUGGACAAGGUGCAGCAGGAGCUGGAGUCCGAGGGCAGCAGGCGCAGGAUCCUCAUCCCCUUCUCGCAGAGGAAGCUCACCAAGCAGGUCCUCAAGGUGGUCAACACCAUUUUCCACGGACAGUUGCUCAGCCAGGUCACCUGCAGGACGUGCAACUACAAAUCCAACACUGUGGAGCCCUUCUGGGACCUUUCCCUGGAAUUCCCAGAGCGGUACCAUUCCCUGGAGAAGGGGAUCCUGCCCGUGCCCCAGGCUGAGUGCCUGCUCACUGAGAUGUUGGCCAAAUUCACCGAGACAGAAGCCCUGGAGGGGAGGAUCUACGCCUGUGACCAGUGCAACAGUAAAAGGCGAAAAUCUUCUCCCAAACCUCUUGUUCUGAGUGAAGCUAAGAAGCAGUUGCUGAUCUACAGACUACCUCAGGUCCUCCGGCUGCACCUUAAACGCUUCAGGUGGUCUGAGCGCAAUCACCGCGAGAAGAUCGGGGUCCAUGUCCUCUUUGAGCAGGUUUUUGGGUGCACUGCAAUGACUCCAAACUGAAUGUAUGUAGCGUGGAGGAGGUGUGCAAGACCCAGGCCUACAUCCUCUUCUACACUCAGAGAACGCUGCAGGACAAAGCAGGAAUCCCAGAAAAACAACUCCAAACUCAGGUGUUUGCCACCCAAAACCAGUGACAAGGACA